ACUCAUACAUUCCUUAUAAAACGAUAAAUAUGAUGCAACAUGACAAAUCAUAAACGAAAUUUCGCUAGAUAUUCUUCAUAUGAUAACGAUCCCUUUUGUUCAAUUCCGUUGCAUGGUGAUAGUCGUUCCCUAUCUGCGGCAGACAAUUCGAGAGUUGGUGCCUACGCAAUCACCUCGUCAGUAGCGAGUCUGAUAUCACAGCUUUCAGCAUAUUCAUCUGAUGAUAUCUAUGACUUUCCUGAUCAGUACAAAGUCAUCUUGGUUAUCAACGGAAUAGGUGCUAUUUGGCUCCUUACCAGUGUCUACUCCACCCUUCGACCACGCCCAAAGCUCGCCUCCUUAUACGUGCCCUUCCUCAUCUUCUACUGUCUUUGGUUCCUAGCAGAACCCAUCUUUCUACUCGUUGUUUUCUAUGCCUUACCUCAACUAGAAACACCCAACAUCAAGAACGGUGUUUACUUGACACUCAGCGUCCUGGGUCAUGCUGUCUUCUUCAUUGUGAUCAGACCAAGAGGCCUGGAAGAACGGUUUCCCUACUGCAUGCCUGCCAAUAAGGUUCAAGUGGAAACGGAAAUCGGAGACGAUGAGAGAGAGAAGCAAACAUCAUGCAAUAAGAAGCAGGAUGCUGGCACUCGGUGAAAUCAUGCUUCCUGUAGAAAAGAUGAUCAACUGAUCAAAAGUGGUGAUAUCCGGCUGAUUGUGCCAGUGUUGAUUGA